GUUUCGGUUUUAACUGCAGCGCUGCGGCGGUGCUGACCUCUGUCUGCCGCAGGGAGAACCGCUAGCAGCUAAACCCUGACCUGAGUAAUGAGUAUGGCGACCUGACGGUAUGUAGUUCUGCUAACGUUAUCUCAUGGACAUCGUGUUAUGGUACAACCACCCGGACUACCCUUUAUCUCCAGACCAGAACUACUUGUUUGUAAAAUAAAUAGCGUCAGUGGUUGAUUACGCCGUUAGUGUCAGUAAAGUUGCUUAGCCGCUAGCUCUUAUUUUAGUUAGCCACAAGCUAGCUGAUGUCUUGUGUUGUCACUAGCUUCAAACGGCUGGCAGCAUCAUCACCACGACAACUGGCAUCCUUCCCACCCGGCCGUGGGAUGGAAGGGUGAGGAACGAUGCUCCUGCCUAUCCUUUUAACAGGACUGUUAGGUGUUCUUUGGGAUGGAGUUACUGCUUUUGGUGGGGUCAGACUAGUGGACGGGGAGAACAAGUGUUCUGGCAGAGUGGAGGUACUCCGCCAUGAACAGUGGGGGACUGUUUGCGACCACGGAUGGGACCGCCGAGAAGCUCAUGUGGUGUGCCUGGAGCUUGGAUGUGGCUUAGCUGAAUCUGCCCUUCAUGAAGCACAUUUUGGUGCAGGCAGCGGAGAAAUCUGGCUGCGGCAUGUCCAAUGCUCGGGACAUGAGGCCAGUCUGACACGCUGUGCUGUGGUCCUCCACAGUGACGCAUACUGCACCCAUGAGAAUGAUGCAGGGGUAAUAUGCUCAGGUAAGACUCUACUCUGUUGA